UUUCAUACUACUGGACUACUUGGAUUUUGGCAAAAUGAUCGUUCUGCUUGUCAUGGCGAUGCUGACAGCAUGUGCUGCAGUUACUCAAGAUUUGUCGGGUCGAAUGUUCACUUUCCCACAGGAAACCAACACUGCUCAUGUGAAGCUGAACGUAGCACAAAAGGAAUUAAGUGCUGUAACUGUCUGUCACAGGUCCUUUACUGACCUCAAAAGAGACCACGGCCUCUUCUCUCUGGCCACAUCCUCCAACCACAAUGACUUCCUGAUUUAUUGGAUUGAAGCAUCUAAGGCGAUGUCGCCCCAUAUCAGGGACAAACGGGUAGACUAUGGAUCGUUCGACUACAAGCCGAACACGUGGCACUCCAUUUGUACCACAUGGGACUCUAAGUCUGGACUGGUGCAGCUGUGGUUUGAUGGAAUACCCUCGAUUAGAAGGUUCAUCAGCUCUGGGUCCAACAUCAAAGGAACCAUGAUGAUUACUUUAGGACAGGAGCAGGAUUCCCACGGUGGGGGAUUUGACAUUAAACAGUCUUUCGUUGGCAUGAUGUCGGACGUCCACAUGUGGAACUACAUCCUUUCCUCCUGCGAGAUCCAGAAAUACGUGGAUGCAAACCACUUCACUCCAGGGAAUGUGAUCAACUGGAAUGCACUGGACUUCCAGAUUGUAAACAAUGUGUUGAUUGAGGAUAAAUGGAAGUCAUGUUAG